AUGCUCUCGUCAUUCAUCGGAGCCGCCAGCACGGCUCCCUGUGUCGUCUCCGAACAGGCGUCCUGCGCGGCCGAAUGGUUCUUCACGUCCGGCAUACAGCGGACGCUGCAGGUGCCGCUGGCCUUCUCGAGGCUCCAGGAGAAGCAGUCGGACCGACGGCUGCAGAAGCUGGAGCACUGCAGCGGCGAGGCGCUGGCAAAUGGCGGCGACUGCUACUCGAAGACGCUGGGGCGGUACUUCGACGUCGGCGACACGUGGCGAGAGAGCGGCUGCACGAAGGCGGAGUGCGUGGACGGCUGGACGAACGGCAGGCCGGGCGUCCUGGUGCUCGGGUGCCGCUACAUCAUCGAGGAUGCGCUGGGCCCCAACUGUGACGUCAUCGAUCCGGACCCGGAGGCGCCCUGGCCCAACUGCUGCCGCCGGGUCAGCUGCGACGCCAUCAGCGCCCGCAGCGUGGACGGCGGUCGCUCCGGCGGCGCGCUGGACGUCGAGUGCGCCUCGCAGCUGGCGGCCAAGCCCGGCGCGCCCAUCUCGGACCUGCUGCUCCGCAUCGCCGAGCGCGGCGAGCCGUGCGAGGGCGCCAACUGCCCCGACCUGGACGCGGUGGCGGGCUGCACCGGCGGCAACUGCAAGACGCGGCCGCCGCUGGCGCGACCGCUGGAGCCCAUGCCGCAGCUGCUGCUAGACAUCGCCGCCAUGCCGGGGCAGACGACGGAGCCGGCGGCGUUUGCGUGCGCCGGCGGCCGCUGCCUGCCCGAGAUCCUGCAGACGCUGGCGCGCGACGGUCAGGGCUGCGAGGGCGCCGCAUGCGCGAGCGUGCAGCUGCCGCGCUGCGCCGGCAGCAGCUGCGGCGAGGCGGCGCAGGCGCUGGCCACCGACCCCGAGCCGUGCCAGGGAGACGGCUGCCUGCAGCGCCUCCUGCUCAGCGUGGCCGCCAUGGAGAACAACACCGCCCAGGCCAGCGCCGAGACGGAGGCGCCGUCGGCUGCCGGCACCGCCGACGGCUCGACGACCGCCGAGACGACCACCGAGCUCGCGUCGACGACUGCGGUUCGCGCCGCCGCGGCCACCGAUCCUCCGCCGACUUCGACCGCCGCAGCGGCCACGACGACGCCCGAACCGACCACUAGGGAGCCGCCGGCGACCACGGCCGCCACCGCCACCGAGACCUCUAAGGGGACAACGACGAAGACGCUGCCUCGCGAGGCGGUGACGUCGGCAUCGGUCCGGCGCAGCCGGCCGGUGCCCAGAGCCGUGGCCGGCGCCGUGCCGCUGCCGCUCAACGACGACAGCAACAGCUGCCUGAAGGCGAACGGCGGCUGCAGCCACCUAUGCACCAGCGACAUCUCCGGCAUGGUGCGCUGCGGCUGCCCCGCCCAGAGACGGCUCGACUCGGACGGUCGUACGUGUCUGAUGGACGACGACCGACCGAGGCUGCUGUUCUCGUCGCGGGACGCGCUACAUCUGAUGGACCUGGACGGCUCGAACGAGGAGCCGGUGGCCACCGGGCUCACCAACGCCGUCGGCGUCGACUACGACUGGCAGCGGCAGUGCUUCUUCUGGACGGUGGUCCGCUUCACCGGCAGCAUCGACCGCAUGUGCCACAACGGCCCGUCAGAGUCGCUGCACUCGGGCGCUGACCGGCCGGAUAACCUGGCCGUGGACUGGGUGACGGGCAACCUGUACUGGACGGACGGCGGCUCGUCCUCCAUUCUCGUCUCGGAGCGAGACGGCCGCUUCAAGAAGACGCUCAUCACCGAGGGCCUGCGCAAGCCGCGCGCCAUCUGCGUCGACCCCGAGGCCGGGCUGCUCUACUACACGGACUGGGCGGAGCCGGCGUUCAUCGGGUCGGCGGGCAUGGACGGCUCGCGGCCGGCGCCCCUCAUCACGGGCAAUCUGGUGUGGCCGAACGCACUCACCAUCAGCCGCGAGACGCAGCAGCUGUUCUGGGCCGAUGCUCAGCUGGGCCACAUCGAGGUGGCCGACAUGCAGGGUCGCAACCGACGCGUGCUGCUGAGGAGUCCCGAAGGCCUUACGAUCCGCCCGCUGCUGCACAUCUUCUCGCUGGCCAUCUACCAGAAGGAGCUGUUCUGGUCCAGCUGGGAGACCAACAGCAUCAUCAAAUACAACGGCACGCACGCCAUCACACUCCGCAACUCCAGCAGUCUGCCCAUGGGCGUCCGCGUCUUCCAUUCUUCGCAGCAGAAACCGCUGACGCGGCCGAACCCGUGUGGCGAAUCUGGCGGCGGCUGCGCCACACUCUGUCUGCUGACGCCUGAUGGGGGCCGCGCCUGCGCCUGCCCCGACCACUUCGUCACCGAGGACGACGGCGCCACCUGCACCACCAACUGCACCCGCGACCAGUUCAUCUGCAAGCAGACCUUCAAGUGCCUGCCGCACUGGCUCGUCUGUAACGGCGAGGACGACUGCGGGGACGGCUCGGACGAGCCCGAGUUCUGUCCCCCGUUCAACUGCGAGCGAGGACAGUUCCAGUGCCGAACCGGACAGUGCAUCCAGUCGGAGCAGAUUUGCGAUGGAAAGCCGGACUGCUUGGAUGGCGGAGACGAACUGAGUUGCGCAGACUCGUGACCUGGUCCGGGGCUCGAGGCACGUCAGCAGGAUGGUGAAGCCAGAGCGUGCGCCCUACACCCAGCCCCUCUGGCAGAUAGACGGGCGACGAAGUCUUCCGGCAGCGCUCCUGGAGCGCCCCACGUGGGCGCGGCCCCAAGGAGCGCUCGGAGGAGCUGAAUCAUUGUAAAUACGUCAUACCUAUGGCCGCGAGCGCGUGUGAGCCGUGACGGUGCGGCCGAACCUUCGCUCCUUUCUUGUUGUGUCGUUGCUUUUUGCGUCGACGGCGAAUGCGGCGAGUUUUGUUUUAGGACCGCGUAAGCCGCCUUCACUGGGCAGUGCGGAUCAGUUCAGCUGUUUUGAUACAUGCUGUACAGCUAUGUGACGCCACUUACGAAACCUGUGACAUCUGUAACGUGAUCUUGAGUGUUGUUUGUAUGUUUAUGUAGCUUAAGUCUAGAUCAGUUCUAUUAUGAAAGUAGUGUCUUAUCACUGUACGCACCGCUCCAUCUUCCUCAGAACGUUUAUGUAGCGAAGGGGUGGAAAUGGUGUGCAUUUGCAGCAUUCGUCAUCCGAAAUAAUACAGAUGAAAUACGCAAAUAGCUGCCCUGAAUGAACCUCAGUAAGACGACCGAGAUGCAU